ACAAAGCCGGGCCAACCCUUGGAGCUGGGAGAUCACGGAGCUGACUACACCGGCAGACUGAGGUCCAAAUUAAAGGACGGAUCAUUAGUGAUCUCCACUCUGUCCUCCAAUGACAUCCGGAUCUACCGAGCGGAAUUAUUCACCGGAGACAAGAAAGAUACAUCUGUGCUCAAUUGUAUGAUCUCAGGAUCAGCGGAAACAAAGGCUUGUCCCCGAGAAUUGCAGAACCUAAAGAAUCGUGUAAUGGCACAAAGCAAUUAUUUCACCGCCUCGGGGAGACUGUUACCCUACAACUUCCCAGUCGUUCAGGAGUCGCAUUUAUUGUGUGGGAUAUUAAUAAUAUCGAUCACAUCGCCAUCACCAGGCCGGAUCAGGUGGAGCGGCAAAAUUAUUGCUACGCCGAUAGACUUUCUGCCACGAGCGACGGAUCUUUACGGUUGUCCCGGAUAACCACCAACGAUGAGCGGGUCUUCAGAGCAGAGGUUUAUUCCGAUGACUGGAGACAUCACUGCGCACAACUUUUUGAAGUAAAGCUACAAAAAAAAGAUUCAACGACAUCUACUGCAAUCUAUCUGGGAUUGUCAGGUUGUGUUUUCCUUGUCGCUUGAUUAUAUUACUCCACCACAUUGGGACAGAGUGUACAGCCAACUGA